AUGAGGAUAAGAAGAUUAUCAGCGUUCUUUUGGGCUACUUGCAUUAUAGCUUUUAUAUUUAUUCUCUAUGUUGUUACUGAUCUAACAUUUAAGCUACCCAGCAUCAAACCAGCUAUCGUAGAACUUGAUGAUAGUAAGUGGUCUUCAUUUGAGUCAAAGCUACGCCACAUAGAGAAGGAACUAAAUGAACAUCAUGCAGUAGUCGGAGAAAUAAAAACGGCAAUGGAUCAAAUUGUGGAUCAAACAAAUGAGGUCAAUCAUAUGAAAAAGCCUAAAAUUACUAAGAAACAGUCAAAAAUAAGAGACUUUAAAGUGGUGGGAGAUGAGCCACCAAGAAUGAAAAUUAAGACUAAAGUUAAUAUGUCAUAUUGCCCUAUGAAUCAACAGACAUCUAAAACAGAUAUUCAGAUGUUAUCAGUCUAUGAAAGAAUAAAGUUUGAUGAUAUGGAUGGUGGUGUCUGGAAACAAGGUUGGGAUAUUGAAUAUAAAGAGAGCCAGUGGAGUAGCAAAAAUAAACUUAAAGUUUUCAUUGUGCCACAUUCUCAUAAUGAUCCAGGAUGGCUUAAGACGUUUGAAAAUUACUACAAACUACAAACAAGGGCAAUAUUUACUAACAUGGUGGAGAAGUUGUCAGAGGGGCAUGGUAGGAAGUUUAUUUGGGCAGAGAUAAGCUAUCUUUCUCUAUGGUGGAAUAUGGAUGCAACAGAGAGAGAAAAAACUGCUUUCAUAAACUUAUUGAAAUCUGGCAAAAUCGAAAUUGUUACUGGAGGAUGGGUGAUGAACGAUGAGGCAAACUCUCACUGGUUAUCAAUCAUUCAACAACUCACUACCGGACACCAGUGGUUGAUCGAAAAUCUGGGAUAUACACCACGAAACAGCUGGGCCAUUGAUCCGUUCGGCCAUUCCAGCACUCAGCCAUACUUGCUAAAGCUGGCUGGUUUCGAAAAUUCCUUGAUUCAGCGCAUACAUUACAGAAUAAAGAAAGAGUUGGCCCGCGACAGACAUUUAGAAUUCAGAUGGCGACAAUUGUGGGAUGGAACGGGCAAAACAGAUAUGUUUACACAUAUGAUGCCAUUCUAUUCAUAUGACGUACCUCACUCCUGUGGCCCAGAUCCUAAGAUAUGUUGUCAAUUUGACUUCAAGAGAUUACCCGGUAAUGGCGUGAAUUGUCCUUGGGGUAUAGCUCCAAUUAAAAUCAUUCAGAAAAAUGUAGCUGAAAGAGCGUCAUUAAUAUUGGACCAAUGGCGUAAGAAAUCACAACUGUACCGGAGCAAUGUGGUACUUUUUCCUCUCGGUGACGACUUCCGGUACGACCGUCCAAAUGAAUGGGACAACCAGUAUUCGAACUAUGAAAUGUUGAUAGAUUAUAUCAAUAAUAAUGACGCCUGGAACGCUGAGGUGCAAAUAGGAACACUUAGCGACUACUUCAAAGCCCUGCACGAAGAAAUGAAGCUUUCCGACUUUCCCGUGCUCUCUGGUGAUUUCUUCACGUACGCAGACAGAAAUCAACAUUACUGGAGUGGAUAUUUCACUUCGAGGCCGUUUUAUAAGAAUAUGGACAGGAUUUUAUUAGCGUAUGUAAGGGCAGCAGAAAUUAUAACAUCACAAGCGGUGUCAUCGAAAUCUGUGACGUACAUUACAUCUCUACAGUUAAGGGAUCGUGUGGAAAGGGCUAGGAGGGCAUUAUCACUGUUCCAGCAUCACGAUGGUGUCACUGGUACGGCGAGGGAUGAUGUGGUACUUGAUUAUGCGAGCAAAAUGCUUCAAGCGAUAAAAGACAGUCAAUCUGUCAUACAACAAGCGGCUUUCUACCUCUUAAAACAACCAGCCAUUAUCGACCAAAAUCAAGAGGAUAUUUACUUCGAAGUUGACGACAUCUGGCGAAAGAAUAACGAAAUUCCAGCGAGAAUCACGAUUGCGCUGGACGAAGUGUCGCCAUCUAGGCGUCUAGUGCUGUAUAACGCUUUGGCAUUUAGACGACAGGAAAUAAUAACUGUGUUUGUUUCUUCGCCACAUGUUGAGGUAUUUGACCCCGAAGGUAGUCCGAUAAUGGCCCAGAUAUCGCCCGUUGUGUCGGGUGAAAAGCGGCUAGGUUUCGCCGCGAACAAGUUUCUUCUUUCCUUCCCUGUGACGAUUGAUGCGCUCGCACUUACAGCGUACAGCGUGUCGCUACGGGACAGUAUGACUAUUAACAAGUAUACGUCAUACGCCCGUGUACGCAUUUACAACGCGGACUACUGGAACAUUGAUGAACUUCCGAAGAUGUUCGCCAUUGAGCAGCCCUCAGCCCGAUUAUCCGAUGACGUCACCAUACAAGCGGGCAAUAGUACGCGAGUGCUCGCGAACAAGCAUGGCCUUAUUAAAGCCAUCAUAUCCACCGACGGAAAGACCACGCCGGUGCACAUGGAUUACGUUCAAUAUGGCACCCAAAAAAUGACAGAUAACAAUAGUGGAGCGUAUCUUUUCAUCCCGGACGGUCCCGCCCAACAGUUCAACUUGGACGCGUAUCCCGAACUGGUCAUAACCGAAGGACCAUUUAAGGCAACACUUUACACCGCACUUAUUGGUCCGAAGGCUGCUGACGUCAUUUUAGCUGUGUCUGUAUACAACAACCCCUCACUGAAGCAAAGUGAGGUGGAAGUGACCAACACAUUACUCAUAGACCCACAUGUGGAUGACUUGGAAUUGGCCAUGCGGUUCUCUACAAGUAUCAAAAAUGGAGAUGUCUUCUAUACUGAUCUUAAUGGGAUGCAGAUAAUAAAACGGCGGUACUUCGAAAAAUUACCGCUUCAAGCAAAUUUCUACCCACUUGGAUCGAGCGCGUUUAUUGAAGACGAAAGCUCUCGUCUUACCAUUUUAGCGUCUACGCCCCUUGGUGUAGCGGCUUUGCAGUCCGGACAGAUUGAAAUAAUGCAAGACAGACGUCUCUCCCGCGAUGACAACCGCGGAAUGAACCAAGGUGUAUUGGACAACGUACGGACGAGACAUACAUUCAAACUUAUUGUUGAACAUGCGCAUACGCCGUGCUCGCAUAAACCGUUCGACCACCCAAGCGGGUACCUCACACUUGGAGCUCAUGUCUCCCAACAGUGUUUACUUCAGCCCCUUAUAACAAUGCACUACACGGCCAACGAGAACUCGCCCAGGCCGAGCUAUUCGCGAUCCAUCACAAAUGCCGCCGACGUUAUACUCGCCUCCUACCGGUCGCAUGUUGCUGUUAAGAAUAAGGACGGAUCCGUCUACCACGGUAUGGGUUUGACGGUACAACGCGUUCAUUUGGACACUUGCUUUGGUAACGCGGCCAUUUCCAAGUUUUACCCUAGUGGCGAUGGACAAGUACAACUCACAGAUAUGGUAGACGUCCAACCGGAUCGAGUAUUUGACAGUUCACUCACAUUCCUCCACAUUCGUUCACCCGUUCCCGACGCUUCACUCGUUCUCUGCCCCAUGGAGGUGCGAUCCGUAUUCAUCAAUUAUACUCUGAAGCACGGCUGA